AUGAGCAGUGAAGAGACCUUCAAGAAGUCUUCUGAAGAUGAUCAAAGUAUUACAAAGGAGACAAUAACUAAAAGCGUGGACGAAGUGGCCAGCGAAGGUUUUGAAGAGUCUGAGCCACUGUUACCAAAAGGUCCCGAAGAUGAGAAAACCUUGACAUGGAUAGACGUUGAAGCUACGGUCCCAUUAGUCGGAAAAAGCUCAAAAUCGCGGAGGAAGACAGUACUUCGAAGCGUAUCCGGAGUUGCUCUUCCACGUGAAGUUCUUGCAAUAAUGGGUGGUAGUGGAGCAGGAAAAACAACACUGAUGAACAUUCUGGCAUUUCAAAGUUCUAAGGAAGUAGAGAGUAAGGGAGCAGUUCUAGUAAAUGGGAAAGCAAUGACAAAACUCGACAUGCGACGGAUGUCAGCCUAUGUUCAACAGAUAGAUUUAUUCUGUGGAACAUUGACAGUGAAGGAGCAGCUGACAUAUUCUGCACUACUACUGAUCAAGGACAUGAAUUUGACUGACUGUCAAGAUACUCUGAUUGGCGUACCGAAUCGAAGAAAAGGCAUCUCUGUAGGAGAGAAGAAACGCCUAGCGUUUGGCAGUGAA